AAAGCAAUCUUAAUGUAGCGCCUAAAAACUUGACUGUUACGUCGAUUUCAAUCAAAACAGACAAACUCUAUUAAUUUUGCAAAUAUCUUAAAAAUGACUUCUUAAACCGGUAAUAUGCAAGUCGAUAUAUAAACCUUGGUCGGUAUUGCAACACACUCAGUUCAGCUCUAGUCGCUUUGCCGCUUGGAACAGGCGUUUGACGCCGGCCACGGAGAGGGCGAGAGAGUUACUCGGCGAUUUGAUAUGUGAUUUUUAGUGCUGUGACGUAGUGACAAGCUUAUCAGUAUUCGCAUGUAAAUAAACAAUGGAUGUGAACAGAGUGAUUACAACGGACUGGCACAUACCGAGGCCGUCUUUAUCUAGUGCGGGCAGUAUCAAUGAUUCCCGCUCUAGAGGCGGCUCCGCCUCCAGCCAAGGCUCUUCUAGUAAUCACAGCACACACAGCGUCUCAUCCGGAUCACUUCUUCUAACAGCUGCACACCUAGUACAAUUGAAUGGAAAUCAAAACUACGAGCAGGUACCAAGACCUGCCUUUACCAACGUAGUAACGAUCCCAGAAGAAAGUGUCGAUACAUUAUGGAAGGACGUCAAACGAGGCUCCAUACCGGAACAAGACUCAACAUCACUAGCCAGCUCCACCCACUUUACAGUUGUGAAUGGUUUUACGAAACAUCGACCGACGAAGGAGCCAAAAACCUGUUGCUGCAACCAAUCCCAUCAGAUAACAGUCCUAGUCAUUUGUAUGACAAUUCUGUUCUCUGCUUGUAUAUUGGCUGCUAUAUGCUUUGUUGAAAUGCGAAUGCGAAGAGAAACCGGAAUGUACAAAUAUUCUUAGAGACGGUUAGAAAGCAUUCAAUCGACAAAUUAGUUAUAGUAAUUUAUAAUAGUGAGGCUAUUAUAUAAGUAAUUACUGGAAUUUGUAUUUUGAUGCUUUAAUUAAGCAUCCAAUAAUAUUUACAUCGGGCACAUAGACGGACGAACGUACGACGUUUACAAAAUCACUUCAGGAAGCUAUUUUGUCUUUUAAAAUGACAACAAUUACGAUAGAAAGUUUAUUAGACUUUGACCUUUCCCAUACUCUCCACUGGUCUUCAAAUAUCAGAUUUAAGAAUACCAUCUGGAUUGUUUUAUGUAUACAUAAGUAUAAUUAGAAAUCUAUUUCGGUUUUUAUCGCAUGGAUGCGAUCUUAAAGACGAUUGUGUAAUUAUAUUUUAGUUGAAUAAAUUAGUGCAAUAAUUAGUUACGUCUAGUAACUGGUAUUUAGAACAAUUCAGAGCUCAAAUCACAUUCUAGUUAAGUAAAUUAUUAAAAGCAGAUAACUGUGAUUAUAUUUACUAUGUUAAUAAUGGAUUAGUAAAAACUAAAAAUAAGUUGUACUUUAAUCAAAUAGAAACAUAAAUAUGUGUUUUUGACCUUCGAAUGCCAGGAACAUUCGACGACCUACCGCACACAAGGUGGCACUCGUUCGAUCCGGCAUCAAUGGUUUCAGGUUUGUACACACUAUAAAGGUGCCAUUGGGUCUUAUAACUUCAAAAAUAUAAAUAUAUCAGCAAAAAAAUAAUAUUUUAAUAACACAAGCAACAGUUUCGCGAAAUACACCGAAUAUUAUAAUAAAUCACUUUCGUAUAUAUACUACAGCUCUAGGGUUAACUUAAUAUAAAUGAACUCUAGUUCACAGACCAUAUCAUGCAAAUUUCAACCAUGAAAGAGACGUUUCAAAACACGCUUAUUUUCAAUAGUGCAGUGAAGUGAUUUUCAAUAGUGCAGUGAAGUGCAUAACACAGACGAAUUAGAUAGACAUGUAAUAAUUUAACACUUCUUACAGAAUGCCAGUGAUGUUUGAAUUAGUGUUAUCAAUGUAAAUAUUUAGCACAAUUUUUUAUUAGAAAUUAACUUGUAUGUCCCAGUUAAACAUAUUUCUUAAUUUAUAAUCUGUGAUAAUUAAACACGAUAAUACGUAAA